GGGGCCGGGAGCACUCACUUUACGAAAAGGGCGUACAAACCCCGGAGUUACACGCUUGACCGUCGUUUUUCUGCAGUAGUAAAGAUUCGAGUCGUUGGUCACAGGGAGACCAUGUCCUCAUGGUAAGUCUUUAAUAAAUAGCAAGCACCCUGAAGGGAAGUGUCGGCUGAUUGACAAAUCGCCAUGGAUUACGGCAAGACGAUGGCUCCUCCGGUGCCCCCGCACAAACCCAAGCCCAACCGGCCGGAACAGGCCCAGGAGCGGCUGCUGAAGUGCGUCCUGCUCGGCGACGGAGCGGUGGGAAAGACCAGCCUGGUGGUCAGCUACACGACCAACGGCUAUCCGACCAAAUACGUCCCCACUGCCUUCGAUGACUUCUCAGCGGUGGUUCAAGUGGAUGGAAGCCCAGUUAGGCUACAAUUGUGUGAUACCGCAGGACAGGACGAAUUUGACAAGCUCCGCCACUUCUGCUACAGUCGGACCGACGCCUUGCUGCUCUGCUUCAGUGUGGUGAGCCCCGCCUCCUUCCAGAACGUCUGGGAGAAAUGGGUCCCUGAGAUCCGGCGUCGUUGCCCUGUCACGCCCGUCCUCCUGGUGGGCACACAGUGUGACUUGCGGCAAGAUGUCAAGGUACUAAUCGAGUUGGCGAGGCGGAGGGAGAGGCCGGUGCCGGAGGAGGAUGCCAGAGCGCUGGCAGAUAAAAUUGGGGCGGUGACGUAUGUGGAGUGUUCAGCGCUGACCCAGAAGAAUCUGAAGGAGGUGUUUGACGCGGCCAUCGCUGUGGGGCUGCGGCAGUCUGAUCAGAGGGCACGGAGGGAGAGGAAGGUCCGCAGCACGGCUGACAAGAUGAAGAUGCUUUCUAAGUCCUGGUGGAAGAAGUACGUCUGCGUCCAGUAGGGCCCAGGAAGGGAUCCUAACACCGACUGAGUAUAAAACUGGAACCGCGACAUGGUUCAGAGGACUAUGUAUUGAUCAGCUGGAUGUAAGGACUUCUGUUUUGAAUCACAAUCACAUCACUAUAGAUGUGUUUUAGACAGAAUGACUUUGAACCAAAGAAGCAUUAGUUCUACGCAAGUCGAACAUGCCUGCCUGAACUGAAAUGUAGUUCGGGCCGGAGUGUUGCGCAGUUUGAGUUUGGUUAGAAAAGAUCCCUGAUUUUCUUGAUUCCAAAAACAGACCAAUGCUCCAACUAUUGUCGUUUCCCUAAAACCUGUCUGAGUAUGUGACCAGCAUGCAGUGAAAAAUGAGAAAGACAAAUAAGACAAUGUUUUGACAGUGAAAUAAUCAUGACUCUUCACCCACUGGACUCAUCCAAAGGAAAUUUGAACAGACCCGAUGGUGGGGUGUUGAGACUGUGAUCAUAUGUACUAAAAGUAUACUCCCACUGUACCCACUUAGACCUGCCAAAUAUGAUGCCCCUCUUUAACCAAAUACAUUUGUUCAUGUGCGCUAUACUGUAAUUUUUCUCCUCCCCCUAACAAAUCAGAUUUUAUAUUUUACAGAUUUUAAUAGAAUCAUGAUGCAACAUUAAUUCAUUGUUGGGGGAACUGGGUACAAACUGCUCAGCUUAAAGCCAGUUCCCCAUCGCAAAUAUGCAAAUAUCUUGUUGAUUUCAAUCAAAGAAAAUGCUGCACCUUUGUUGCCUAAAUCACAUACACGUACUACGUCAAUGAUUGAUUGACUUGUUUGUUAUUGUUUAGAUGUGAAAUUGAUGAGAUUUUGUUCACAAGGUCUUUUCUGGAUUCCAAACUGAUGAAUAUGGGUACAGAUUCUUUAUAUCAGCUCUCUGCAGGAUAUUUCUCUUUUUAACAGUGCCAUAUCAUAAUGUGAACUGUCCCACCGGUGUGGCUGACAUGUCUCUUCCAAUCGGCGUGUGAGUGUGUGUGUGUGUGUGUGUGUGUGUGUGUGUGUGUGUGUGUGUGUGUGUGUGCGCACCACCAGACUAUGUUGAGGUCCAUAAAGGCUAACCUGGGUCGGUGCCACAUUUUACUGUUAACACAGCUGUCACACUGUUGGUAGACCACACAGUCAGGGGCUGCAGCAAACAGGUACAGAGCUCUUUAAACUCCUAACCAACACACAUCUGCUGGACUGACCCCCACCUUUAAAAAACAUUUAUCGGGGGAAAAAAGAAACGCCUAUUAAUGUUUUUUCAGCCCAUAUACUAUAGACAACAUCAACUGUAGGACUUGUUGGUUAUUGAAGUUUGAGCUGUGCUAUCACUUAGAUAGCAAACUUUCAAUCACCAGUCUAGUUUUCAGGACUCACUGUUGCUGUUUUGAUGGCAAUGAUGAUUAGACGAUUUAACGGUGCCUCUGUAUGAUGCACUUUUCACACAAAGUCCAUAAACAUCACUGACCUCCUGCCAUGCAAUGGCCUUUGGACUAUUACAGGGUUUGAUAUUGCGUUGUCUUUGUAAACAGGACCUUAAGGUUUCACUCUAGAACAGAGUUAUCAUCUCCCAAUGUUGGUUAUUACAAUGGGGCUCUUUCCUCUCUUCUGGUAGAUGAUGUGAAAUUGCCAAGAGACCAAUUGUGUUUUUGCUUCUUAUUUUUCAGAAGCCUGUCUGUCAGCUCUCCUUAUUUAUCUGUUCAUUUUGGGCAAUUUACUGCACACAGCCAUCGAUCAAUAACAGUGCAAAACAAAACAGUAUUGCCCUCCUGCAUAGUAAUCAUCAUAGGAAUCUAUUAUGAUGUUGGUAACGUCAUCAGGGUGAAUCUGUGUACAUAUAUCUCUGACUGUCAAGGGCUGUACUGUCCCACUCUGAAUGGUACUGAAUGAAACUUUGUUUGUUUUUGUUGGUGUCCGAUACUAGAGUGAAAGCUAUUUGUUAAGCUAUAUGAGAGCAACAAAAUAAAAUGUGAAAAACUAUUUCACGUGUACAGACC